AUGGCCAUGGUGACCCGCUCUGACCUGGAGACGACCUGCGGCACUGAUCAGCUGUGCAUCGGUGUGAAGGGGGGCCUCGAGGGGGCUGUGCACGCGGUGAAUGACCUCUUCCAAGAGGACGAGACCGAGGGGCUCCUGCUGGUGGACGCGAGCAACGCCUUCAAUCGCAUCAGUCGGCCUGCUGCCAUCUGGAACACCCGCGUGCUGUGGCCCCGCUGCUCUCGCUAUGUGUUCAACACCUACCGAGGGUUCGCCGCACUUCACCUGCAAGGCUCAGCCGGCUGUCUGUGGAGCUGUGAAGGCGUCACACAGGGCGAUUCGAUGGCGAUGUUCGUCUACGCCUGCGGCAGCCUUCCCCUCAUCCAUGCCCUGCGGGCUGCCUGCGCUGAGGAGGGAUAUGAGAUGCCGUCGAGUGGGGCAUGGGAUGAGUCAGGCAGCGAUGGGUCUGGGUCAGACAUGGACGAGAACAAAAACGCGCCAUCAGAAGCGCAAGAGAGGCCAGAAGAAGCCAGUGACAUGCCACCAGAAGCAGAAGGGGAUGGUGCGGGUGUAUGUGUGUGUUCUGAUGUAGAAGGUGUUAGAGUGGGUGAGCAGGAGAGUUUGUCGACCUCGUCGGCCCCGUCGGCCUCUUCAUCUAGCGCUUCGCUGCGGCAGUGCUGGUAUGCGGAUGACUCGUCGGCGCUCGGCAAACUUCACGGCAUCCUCGUGUGGUUUCGAGCCCUGCGUCGCAUCGGUCCCUCAUACGGCUAUCACCCAGAGACCGCCAAGUCCUUCCUCGUCGUCAAACCCGAGCUCGAGCAGAUCGCAAGGGAACUCUUCGAGCCCGAGGGGGUGCAGAUCGUCACGGGCAAGAGGUUCCUGGGCGGCUACGUGGGCGAUGAGGGGGGAAGGGCGGCGUUCCUCUGCGAGAAGGUCGAGGGGUGGGUGCGCGGCGUGCGCGCGCUCACGUCUGCUGCCCGCAACUUCCCACACACGGCCCACGCGGCAAUGAUGAGGUCUCUGCAGAUGGAAUGGGACUACGUCUUUCGUGUCGUGCUCACCGACGAGUGCGCUCUCAGCCCCCUCCGCGAGGCCAUCGCCAAGGAGCUGCUGCCGGCCCUCCUCGGCGGCCCUGUGACGCCGUCCGAGGUCGACCUGAUGCUGCUGCCUGCCCGGCAUGACGGCACCGGCAUACGUGACCCUCUCGACCGUGCCGCAGCCGCCUACCCCGCUUCCCGCGCGAGCACCAAGGUGGUCUCCAAGUCCGUCCAAGGCAAGGCUCCGUUCCACCCUGGCGACCAUCGUGCCACCAUCCGCCACGCCCUCACCCGGAGCAAGCAGCAGCAGGACGUCGC